UUGAUUUCAACGUAUCUCUUCCAUUCGCAGGUGGCCAGCGAUCAUCACCAGCCGCAGCAGCAACAGCAGCACCAGCACCAUCAGCAGCAGACAGCGGAUCAACUCGUCCUGGAUAUCAGCAUGGAGCAGUCACAGUCGCAGCAGCACCGCCUCUAUGGCGCCCUCACACGCACCAUCUCACAGCCGGCUCAACAGCGCCACCCUCUGCACCUGCAGCAGAUCCAACAACAGCAGCAACAGCAACAGCAGCAGCAGCAGGGUGUUGCCUCCUUGGUGACCAUCAUUGAGAAUCUGGGGAACAUGAAUCUGCACCGUAAGCUCGAGCGCACACAGUUGGAGCCGCUGCUCCAACAGCCCAUGAACAUAUCUCGCUACAAGACGGAGCUGUGCCGCCCGUUCGAGGAGGCCGGCGAGUGCAAGUACGGAGAGAAGUGCCAGUUCGCGCACGGCUUCCACGAGCUGCGCAACCUGCAGCGCCAUCCCAAGUACAAGACAGAGUACUGCCGCACCUUCCACAGCGUCGGCUUCUGCCCCUACGGGCCGCGCUGCCACUUUGUGCACAACGCGGACGAGGCCCGCGCUCAGCAGCAGGCCGCAGCCCAGGCGGAAGCGGAUUGGGAGGACAGGCCAAGCAGAUGCUGCAGAACAGCAUGAGCACGCCGAUGCAGCAGGAGCAGAUGCCGCGCUUGCCCGUCUUCAACCGCCUGAGCUCUGCCGUGGAGGACUACCAGCAGAAGCUUCAGUCCAGCCUACUGCCCUAAGCAGCUCCAGCAUCAGCAUCAACACGAACAUCAACACAGUCAAGCCACACCUCACCUUCGCCUUCGCCUUCGCCCUCGCCCUCGCCCUCGCC